GGAGGGGGAGCCGGAAGCCCAGGAAACCCGGCUGGUGGCGCCCUGGCUGCAGCAGCUUGGCGAGGGGGGAUUCUAGAGCUCCGAGCUCAUCGUCUUCGCCCUGACGCGGAAGGCCGCUGGUCGAACAGCCCCUGCGGACUUCAAGGACCACACUCCACCCCCACCCAGUAAGUGCUUCCUGGCAGGGUUUCCGGUCAGGGGAGGACCUGCCUAACGUGAUCCAGAACCUGACGGGAGGGGAGGAGUCUGCCGUUUCAAGCCCUCAGCUCAGGCCUUACGACCCUACCACUCCCAAGCCUGGAAGCAUAGUUCUCCAUUGCUACCAUGGUCAACAUCAACGAGCUGCCGGAGAACAUUCUACUGGAACUGUUCACCCACAUACCGGCCCGACAGCUGCUGCGCAGCUGCCGCCUGGUCUGUAGCCUCUGGCGAGACCUCAUCGAUGUGGUGACCCUAUGGAAGUGCAAGAGCCUUCGGGAGGGCUUCAUCACCAAAGACUGGGACGAACCCGUGGAUGACUGGAAGAUCUUCUAUAUCCUGUGCAGCCUGCAGAGGAACCUCCUUCGGAACCCGUGUGCCGAAGAGAACCUGAGAUCAUGGCGGAUAGACUCCAACCAGGGGGAUGAGUGGAAGGUGGAGAACCUCCCUGGGGACCAUGGCACAAGCUUUCCUGACACCAAUGUCAAGAAGUAUUUUGUCACCUCUUAUGGGAUGUGCCUCAAAUCCCAGAUGGUGGACCUCAAAGCCGAGGGCUACUGGGAGGAGCUGUUGGACACCUUUCGGCCCGACAUUGUAGUUAAGGACUGGUUUGCCGCCAGAGCAGACUGUGGCUGCACCUAUCACCUCCGGGUACAGCUGGCCUCUGCAGACUACAUUGUCUUGGACUCUUUUGAGCCUCCGCCUGUGACCAUCGAACAGUGGAAUGAUGCCAAAUGGCAAGAGAUCUCCCACACCUUCUCUGAUUACCCUCCAGGUGUCCGUCACAUCCUUUUUCAACAUGGGGGCAUGGACACUCAGUUCUGGAAAGGCUGGUACGGGCCCCGGGUCACUAACAGCAGUGUAAUUAUCAGCCACAGGACAGCCAAGAACCCUGCCAGAGCGCCACCGGACACUAUAGUGAUAGGAGGAAGUCAGCCAGCUUUGGCUCUAACAACCAUGAGCUCUUGGGAAGACCUAAGCCCUUAGUGGGCAGUCAGGUCCCAGUCCCGUGAGUACUUGCCAUACACAACCUUGGGCGCCCAUCAACUCAGUGAUGUAGUCACACAGCUCUGACAUUCUGUUGUAAUAAAUGUUUUCAGUAGUCCA